CAAAAUUUCAGUAGAUUCUCUAUAUAUACUUAUAAAACUAAGAGAAACUUGCUUACAAACCUAACCCAUUUCAGUAGAAGCCCAAGACAUUCAAACAUUCUUGGUCAAAUAUUCACCACCUAAAAAGUUCUUUCAAAAUCUCCCUUCUUACUCAUUUGCAUUAGUCCUCAAAGAUGGGUAUCCAAUUGAUCGGACUCUCUCAGGCAAAGCAAAAGCUUCAAAGAAGCUUAUCAGCGAGAAUCGCAAGCCUCUUGGCUACGUCGGGUACUAAUAAUGUCCCAAAGGGUCAUGUGGCCGUCUAUGUGGGAGAGACUUAUCACAGGAAGAGAUUUGUGAUACCUAUAUCGUAUUUAAACCACCCAUUGUUCCAAGGUUUGUUGAACCUCGCGGAAGAAGAGUUCGGGUUCGACCAUCCCAUGGGAGGUCUCACCAUCCCUUGCACUGAAGAUUACUUCACCGCUCUAGCUUCUAUUCUAAGUGGUUCAUGAUAAGGGAGCUCAUUGAUCAUCACAACAUUCAUUAAGUUUCUUUAUACAAAUCUUUGUGUUUCUCUUAAAAUGUAUUUAAGGGGGGAGAGAAAAUAACUCGAGACUGAGAAACUAAGUGAGUCUCUUUCAAUUUUUGAUCUAAAAUGAUCUUGUGAGUUCUUUUAACCAUUCCAUUUGUAAAGAAUUCACUAUCUGAAAAAUUAAUCUAUGAUUCUUUUUGUCCAUUAACAGUUAUAGCCUUUGG